AUGGUGAGAGGAGUUGCACCCAUACCACCAUUGACCUUCCUCAGUCCGCUGCCCUACGCAAGCGGCGCUACUGGCCCCCGGGUGGUGGAAGUGCCUUUGUCUACUGCUAUCAAGUCACUGGCAGCGGCACUGGCAGGCCACAUUGCAGGUGGUGCCGUCGUCGGCCGCAAAAACUCCUCGGAAGACGGGAUGGGGGAGGAGGGGAAGCAGGGCGGGGAGGGCGAGGGGGAGGAAGUCGUGGUUGGUGGAGCGUGUUCUGCAGCUGCUGCUGCAGCGAGCGAUGCGAGCCAAGGCCCCCACUGUCCCGCAUGUGUUUUUGCCGCCUUCCUCGUGGAAAGGGCGGAGCUGGCAGUUCACAAUUCCCACACCAGCAGCAGCGUGUGCACGGCGUGUCGCGUUGGGCGAGAUCGAACGGGCUCGCCCGCAGCAACCAACCCCACAAGGGCGGACGAUGUGGCAUAUUCAGGGGCAGCCUCAGGGAUUGGUGGGAGAAGCAGGCUAAAGCUGCGCAAGGUCAGCGGGGAAGACUGUUUUCGCGGAUCACAUGCGAAUGGCGCAGGAGGAGCGGGGUGCGGUGAUGAGGGGGUUGAGGGCGGUGACGCUGGCGGAGUGGAGCAGGGGCGGAGAGGGCGCGGGAUGGAUUUUCAGGCGCUCGAGUGGGGAGCAGAGCAGGGCUAG